GGAACUGCAAGAAAGUUGACUCGGAGCCAAAGGGGAGGUAGACAAAGAGGGAUUCCAGCUGCUGUUCUUCGGUUUCCCAGAAACAUUCAAGGAGCGUGUGAGACAAAGACUGCGAAGGGGCACUCUGGACAGGAUGCCUGAAGUCCCGCUCACGUUACCGGUCCUGAUCCGGACCAUACGGAGCGCACAGACGCAGGCGGAGGAACGGGAAUUGGUCCAGCGAGAAAGUGCCAAGAUCCGGGGAGCUUUUCGCGGCGACGAACCCGAGACCCGGGCCUCAAAUUUAGCUAAGUUGCUCUACAUCCACAUGUUGGGGUACCCCGCCCACUUUGGACAGAUGGAGUGCCUGAAGCUGAUCGCCUCCCACCGAUUCCAUGAGAAGCGGAUUGGCUACCUCGGGGCUGCCCUUCUAUUGGAUGAGAAGCAGGACACUCACCUUCUCCUGACCAAUAGCCUCAAGAAUGACCUUCUGCACGCCAGCCCCUGGGUACAGGGCCUGGCACUCAGCGCCCUCGGUUCGCUUGGCUCUGCCGCAAUGCUGCAGGAUUUGGCCCAGGAAGUGCAACAGCUGGCAAAAACCGGGCAGCCCUCAGUGCGAAGGAAGGCUGUGGUCUGUGCUGUCCAUAUAACCCGGAAAGUGCCAGCGUUAUCAGAGAUGUUCACCCCCCUCGGAGAGCAACUGCUGAAGGAACAAAUUCACGGCGCCCUGCAUGGCACCGUGAUGUUAAUCGCGGAGAUGUGCGAAAACAGCCCACAGGCCCUUGAGCAUUUUUCCAAGUUUGUUCCCCAGCUGGCCGGGGUGUUGCGCAAUCUGGUGGUGGCUGGAUAUUGUCCGAAUAACAGCAUUGCGGGCAUCAGUGAACCUUUCCUACAGGUCCAGCUUCUCCGGUUGCUACGGAUUUUGGGACGAGACAACGGGGAGGCCAGCGAUGCCAUGAACGACUCCUUGGCACAGGUGGCAACCAACACCGAGACCGCGCGGAACGUGGGCAAUGCCAUCUUGUACGAGACGGUGUUGACCAUUAUGGGAAUCCAGUCUACCAGCGGAUUGCGGGUUCUGGCAAUAAAUAUCCUUGGGCGAUUUCUCCUUAACAAGGAUAGGAAUAUCAGGUACGUGGCCCUCGCAUCGCUCCAGAAAUUGUUGCAAGCGGAAAACAGCGCCGUCCAGAGGCACCGGGCCACCGUCCUCGCCUGCCUGACAGACCCCGACCCAACGGUGAAAAGGAGAGCCCUCCAGCUGAGCUUGUCCCUGAUAAACCACACGAACAUUCGGACAACCAGCAAGGAAUUGCUCAGUUUCUUGGAAAGCAGUCCCCCGGACCUCAAGUCCGAGUGCGCUUCUGGACUCUUCUUGGCCGCGGAGAAGUUCGCACCCAGCAAGCGGUGGCACAUUGAUACCGUUCUCCAGGUUCUGACCAUGGCUGGCUCGUACGUGCGGGAUGACGCCGUGCCUAACCUCAUCCACCUGAUUGGAGGAGCAAAGGAGCUUCAUAGCUACGCCGUGCAUCAGCUCUACAGUGCAGCGGCCCAAGACAUCUCUCAGCAACCCUUGGUCCAAGUGGCAACGUGGUGCCUGGGCGAGUACGGCCACUUCCUGCUGGAGGGGCACUGCGACGAGGUGGAGCCGCGGCAGGUGGAUGCCGAAGAGGUGCUGACUCUGCUGGAACGCAUCCUCCAAUCUCAACUUUCCCUGCCCGCCACCCGGGGCUAUGCCCUCACUGCCCUCAUGAAGCUUGGCACGCGCCUCCAGGAUGGGGACAUCAACCGGAUUCGGAGUCUGGUUUCCAUUUAUUGCAGCUGCCACGAUGUGGAAUUGCAGCAGAGGGCGGUGGAAUUCAACACCCUUUUCCGGAAAUACGAUCAUCUCAGAGCAUCAUUACUGGAAAAGAUGCCCGUGGCGGAGAGAACUGGAGAUGGCAAGGAUACCCGUCAAGCAGACCAGAAUGGAAAUGAGAUGGUUGCCCCCCAUGUCCUGCAGGUGGCGCCAUCCAAGGAGCCCCAACCCCAAGAACCUCACCAGGUCUUGGAUCUCUUGGACCUCCUUGGAGAACCUGUAGAUUCAUCUCCAGCUCAACCGAAUCCAGCCCAUUCGGGAACAGGAUCUCUCCUGGGUUUGCUUGAAGAUCUAAAACCUCCAGACGCUGCUCCCUCCCGCAUGGCCGUCUAUGAACAGGACGGGCUGCUGGUCGAAUUCUCAAUGGAUCGUCCCCCGCUGGAGCCCACCUUGCUGCUGAUCACGGCCACCACGACCAACGCCACCUCGGGGGACGUUCACAACUUUUCCCUGCAGGUGGCCGUUCCCAAGUCCUUCCAGGUGGAACUUCUGGCCCCCAGCAGCUCUACAGUUUCAAGCCAGGGAGGUCCCCCCAUCACCCAAGUGAUUCGAGUGCUGAACCCCAAAAAGAUCCCACCAAGGAUGAGGCUACGGCUUUCUUACACGCUGCCUUCCGGGGCUGCCGUACAACACAUUGAAGAACUCAACUCGUUCCCAGAGGCUGCGUGGAAGUGAAUAGUACACGACUCAAGGGGAGAACGGCUCCCACUCCCAAGCGUUCCCUCUUGAUCUCCCAAUUAAUAAACAUGUAUGCAAAUCAGGGAAGGCUGGAUGGCCCAAUGGGUGAGUCGAUGCGGAGGGGGCAGGCGGGGGCAGAGGCUUUUUAAGGAUGAUUUCCAAAAGAACAGGCCAGGGAGCCCCAUCCGGACUGGAGAACUGCCGAGUGGGCGCACGUGCGGGUGUGUAAAUACGGGAAUCCCAACCUCCUGUCAGCAUUUUUCCUCUCUCCUCAUUUCAACUGCUGGGAAAUCAAUUCAAUUGAUCAGCCAGUUGGGGAACUCCACAACAACUGAGUGAGACUAAAUGGAAAUCAAUGAAGAUAAAGAGUGGAGGGAAGACGGAGGAGGAGGAGAAGCCGUCCGUCGAAUCGCCACAGCCACGCACCCCUGGACCCUUUCCAGCGCUCAAUUCAGAGGUUCUGCCCAGGGGUUCCCCCCACAGACAGUCCCCUGCCUAAAUCUUCUCUCAUGCCCAUCCCACUUGGUAGCCCCCAAAA